GCAGUUUUCAUCGGCAUUAUCCUCUCGUCCACAGAAACAUAGAGCUUGCAUCGGCGGCGGCUCUCUUAUUCCAGACGGGCACGGCAGCGACGAUUCCCCAACGGUGAAAUGUCGACAGACGCACUGGAGCUCAGCGGGAAUUGUGGUGUGUUCCCGAUGGAGUCCCAAGAUUCCAUGACUGCCCCAGCUCUAGAGCUCGAGAAGGGUGACGAAGAACUGAUUGGUGGAGAUGGGCAGAGAUACGAGCUGUGUUCUGAAGCUACCAGCGGCUGGACGAGGAGGGUGAGGCUAGGGAAGGCGCCUGAAGAGAGGGAGAUGAACCCUGACAGGAAAACAGCUCUUGAGUCGUCUGUCCGUGCUUAUGCUGAAAAUCGUGAAGGGCAUGUCAUCAAUCCAAAGAUUGGCACAGAAUUUGAUUGGCACAGAAUUUGACUCGCUGGACGAGGCUUAUGAAUUCUACAACCUUUAUUCAUGGGAGACUGGUUUUGGUAUACGGUUGGCAAAGAGCAGGCUAAAUGUGCAAAGAGUACGAUGUAUGCAAAAGAUUGUGUGUGCCUGUGCGGUACGUGUGCGGGAAAAAUAAUUUUUUUCCAUGCCUCUGGUAUAAUAGUCGUGUAUCAAGCUAGUUUCAUUAAUAUCUGAACUGUAGUUAGCAUGCAUCUUUGAGAAAAAUUAUUUGAGCGGGAGGGAGUGUAGUAGGAUGUAGACAAGUCUUGAUGAAAAUUGUGGUUGAUGGCUA